AUGGUUAAAAGUACUGAUAAAGAAAAUAAGGAAAAUGAUGAGUUAAUUGGAGAUGACGAAUUUAGAGAGGAGGAUUACAAUAAUUGGGAUAUUGGGAUGAUAUUAAUUUUGCGAAUGUUUGAAUAA